AGAAGAAGAAGAGUGUUGUCGUAGCAACCCGAAGCUUUUGUUUUAGAGAAGGAGAACUGUUCAGAGUCCCUUUAGAAUUUGAGAUAAUAAUACAGUUAUAUCAAGUUUAUAAUUUUGUUAUCUGUCAAGUCUGUACAAUCAAGUAAAGGUUCAAUGUCAGGGGUAAGCAGCCUGGUGCCAGCCCGUUUCCUGACUCUCAUUGCGCAUCUUGUCAUUGUCAUCAUCAUAUUCUGGUCCAGGGAGAACAGUGUCAGGGCUUGCCUACCACUAGACUACACUAAUGAAGACUACAAGUUAGAGGACACACGGCUUGUGGUGGCAUUAUCUGUCACCCUGGGCCUGUUUGCCAUAGAACUGAUUGGGUUCCUCUGUGGAGUCUCUAUGUUCAACAACAAUCAAGCCCUUCUGUCCAUCGGAUGUCAUGCCAGUGGAUCUGUGGCUCUGCUCUUCUUCCUGUUUGAGCAAUGGGCCUGUAGUAUCUACUGGUGGAUCUUUGGCUUUUGUAGUGUGAUUCCGGCACUCUAUGAGAUGAUCCUUUUUAUUGUAGUGUUGGGAUGUAAGAGGAAACCUCUGUGAUUGUUUCUGCCAUCUCGUCCUUCUGAUUUCUGAUUUGGUGUAAGGGCAAUGAAUUAUGUCCUGCCAUGCCGAUGUAUAAUGUAAAACUGCAAAAACCUUCACAGACAUGAUAAACCAGAGAUCUGAUUUGAUGCUCUAAGCAUUUACAUUAUGCUUCUUUUGAAAGAUCUUAAGUCACCAAGUUAUUAUCUUUAAAAAAGAAAUGUGUAGAUGUUGUUCAAGUAGAAUCACAUGCUUGCACACCACAAACAGUUUUUUAAAUCACAAUAUUUAGUAGUGUCAUAUUUUGUCCUUUUUUGUGUUAUAUUAAACCAUUUUGAUUUUAGUACAACAGAUAUAAUGCCAUCCGAUUCUUUCAAUAUUCUUGACUGACAAUCUAAUUUUGUUAUUAAUCUUAUUACGCAUAAUUUAUACUAAUAUGUUUUGGUUUGCCAAAAUAACCCCAACACAAAAAGACUGGUCUUAUCUAUUGGUUGAUUAGGUCUGA